AUGGAUCCCGAUGGUCAACAACGCGCUCUACUCCGAAAGCAUCUAGGACUCGACUGCCCAACUCCCGAUCUCAACCCAAUCGAGAGAUUCUUACCAAAGCUUAAUCCAAUCCAACCGCCUGCAUCACAACUUUCAAUUAGGCACUCUACCGUUUCGUUCUUCAUCGAACGCUGUCCACCUUCCUCACAGACCACCAAAUGCGCUCUUAACAGCUGUUCUCGUAAUUUUACAUGCGGCCGCUACCGUGUAGCCGUAACCCCUUCAAUGACCGAACUUAGCUCUCAGAAUGCCGAUCUUUACCACAUCUCGUGCUUUGAAAAGAUUGCCGACCUAUCUGACCCGGCAUACUUUACCCGUAUAGAGCCCUUCACGCGUCACACGGGUGUCGGUGUACCCGAUGGGAACUACAUGUGUGCGGGCGCCGUUGAGCGGCUUGUGAUCGAAUGGAGAUUAAGACGAGUGCGAUGGAAGAGGAUGUUAGAGAGGAGGAUGGAGAUUAUGAAUAAAGAUAUGAAUGCCCUGCAGGAAGGAGAAGAUGACGAAAGCGACUAUGAGAUUGAAGACCAAGACAUGAAUGAUAUAGAGGAUAUAGACGAAAGCGAAAGCAUCAUCGACGAGUUUGAAGACGACGAGUAUGGUGAAAUUUACGAAGACGAAGAAGAAGACGUGUCAGAUGAUAUACAAGGAACAGUCUCAGUCUCCCUCAUUAAUCAACACCUAUCAAAUCCUUUAUUUUUCGACUUGUGGCAAAAUGCCGGCAGUUCGCGGUUCAAAUCUCGAGGUCGCGUUCCAGGAAUGCAGCAAGAUCAAUAUAAUCUACUGCUCAAGAUGUUAGCGCCUUGGGAGAGCGAUGGCCCAAACGACACCGAAGAGUGGAAUCUUUUUGAUACAUUCAUGGAGAAAGAAGACCUAUCAGACCUUUCUAUUGAAAAAGGAUUCAAGAGCAAGAAAUGCGACUUGAGCAUAAUGAUAGAGAAAUGGGAGAGAUGGUCGGUACGUGAUCCUCAAUCAAUUUUUUUAUCGCCCAAACCAUCACAACACAGACUAGGGGUAGAGACGUAG